AUACUCUAGUAUUCCCCAUUGUUCAUUAGUAACUAGCACUAAGAGAAGUGUUAAAAUAUCUUUCUGGUUUCAAUAAAUUAUCCGUAAUCGGUUCUUUGCUACACAGCUGCAAUUUCCGGUAAGAGGAAAACCGCUAAGUAUUUUGUUUUGAGUGCACACAAACGUUGAAUUGAGACAUGAAUUGAGAAUAUCGACAAAGAGCUUUCCAAAUUGUGUUGUUUUAAAUUGUGACCAGCACGUGUUUCUGGAUAUCUUUGGGUUUACUACAAUAUAUUUGAAGAGGAAACUCAAUUAUCAUGCAACUUAUUCCACUUUUGCCAGUGCUUUCUUCACAGUUCUAAUGGUGAUCUUUAAAUAUGGAUUUAUCGAACUUGGAAUAGCAAAAACAAUAUACUGGUGCCUGUAAAUGAUCAACUUGAUGACAACAUAUGACAAUAUGGAUUCGAGUGUCACCCUGGGAGUUUUUCAAUGACUAAAUAUGAUCAGAUGAUGCUCAAUGUUUAUAUCUGCUUGCUUGUCUCUCUGCUUUUUCGAGUGGGGUUGUUGAGGAGGGAGGUAGAGAUGGAAACAGUUCCUCCAGAAGAUAUUUUUGUGGACAAAGAUGCUGGCGAGACUGGGCGAUAUUAUGUUACUUUGGAGUCAGGUGACAAAUACCUUUGUCGUUAUGGCAACGCCAGUGCCAGCUUGUUAGAUUCUCCUGCUUUUUCUGAGGAAUGUUACUACCAAAACAAAGAUGAAUUAACAGAUAUCGAGAAGAACACCAGACUUUAUCCUUACUACCAUUCAGUGAACUUAAGAUCGCCAGGUUGUGGUCCCUUACCCAAUGUGAGUGCUGGUACCGGCGAGUGGGCGUGUCCUAAGGGGGUAUCGGUGUCCUCAGUGCCAGUGUAUGUGUCCUGUCUAUUUCAAUGUUUCAAUGGUGCUACCGUCAAAAUCAGAUGUACUGAAAAACUAAAGUGGAACAACACUUUACAGUCUGGUGUCUGUUCUUCACUUGCUCUGAGAGUUGAGAACAUUGAUUCACCAUCGAAAAAUUUGCACUUGGAAAUAAUAGUGCCAAUAGCGUGUCUCCUCCUUAUAUUUUUCACUCUCCUCAUUGUGCAACGACGUUUGUACAAGAAAUGCCCAAAUCUGAUGAAAAGAAUAUGUGACUCUCCAGAUACAGACGAUGCUUUAAAUGAUACUGAACUGCCUGUUGUUCUGGGGUGCGAGAUAGAACCUGGAAGUCAAAAGUGUCCGGAAACAAACCAGAUAGCAAACAGAACCCAUGAUGUCCAACUCCAGAAAGAUGCCUCGGAUCAAAAUGAUCUAAAUUCAAACACCUCACAGGACUUAAAUAGAAGGAGUGAUUCUUCCAGCAAUGUCCCUUUGGAAACAAUGAUCUCUGAAGCCAGUGGUCGAUACAGUGACUGUAAUUAUAGUCAGGAUACUAAUACCUCAAUUAUACAGAACAUUUGCAGGAUGAUUCUCAAUAUUUUCCAUCCCUCUCAUCAUUUUCAACUUCUAAUGUCAACUCCAUACCUCCAAAAACAGACUCACUCAGAAGUGAACAGCUCGAAGAGAAUGUGGCAUUCUUCAAGUACCCUCCAGAAAGAGCCAAUUCUAUUAAACCAGAUCCCUGUCCAACGGUAGCCGCGGUGCUGGACGGUGCUUUGGAAAACAGUGUCCAAUUUGUAGAUGAUCUGUCAACAUUACUCGAUCCAGAUAAACAAUAUAAAAGUAUUUCCACCUGGCAAGGACUAGCUCAGGAAUUAUUCCGUCUUCCUUACAGCAAAAUUGAUGAAAUAAG